AUGUUUUAUUUGGUGUUUACAAUACCAAAAGAAUCAAUACAUAUUAUGGAAGAUUUACCAAUUGGUACAUCAAUAUAUACAUUUUCAACAGAUGGUUGUAAAACAAUAAAUAAUGCUGGUACAUAUCGUUUUGUUGAUAGUCAAAAAAAUUCAAAUGAUUUUUUUCUUAUUGAUCCAUAUACGGGACGUAUAACAACAAAAAAAUUAAUUGAUCGUGAUGAUUUUUGUCUUCGUCGUAUGUGUUCAUGUUCAAAAUGUGAAAUAAUACUUGAAGUUUUAUGUGUUAAUAUGGGAAAAAUAUUUUUUAAUGAUUUAUCUAUUAUUAUUGAUGAUCGUAAUGAUCAUUCGCCACAAUUUUCAAAAUCUUCAAUAAUAAUUGAUAUUUUAGAAAAUGUACCUAUUGGUUAUUUAAUACCAAUUGAUAUUGCUAUUGAUCUUGAUUAUGGAAAUAAUUCAAUUCAAGGUUAUACUCUUUUAGAAGAUAAUUCAACAAAUAAGAUUCUUAAUGCAUUUCAAAUUGAAUACACAAAAAAAAAUGAUUUACUUGCUUUACGUCUUAUUAAAAUACUCGAUCGAGAAUUAUAUCAUUCUUUAGAAUAUAUUAUACAAGCAUAUGAUGGUGGACAACCACAAGCACUUAUAAGUCGUUUAAAUAUUUAUAUAAAUAUUCUUGAUGUCAAUGAUAUGUCACCAAUAUUUGAUCGUUCAGAAAUAAAUGUACUUUUAAGUGAAUCAACAUCAAUUGGUACAUUUAUUGCACGUGUACAUGCAUUUGAUGGAGAUGCUGGUCUUAAUGGUCUUAUUUAUUAUACAAUUGUCUCAUUAGAUCCACCAUCAAAUGGAACAUUUAUAUUAUCAAAAGAAACAGGAGAAAUACAUCUCGGUAAAUCUCUUGAUUAUGAAAAAGAAAAAUCAUAUCGAAUAAAAAUAAAAGCACAAGAUAAUGGACCACAACAAGUUUCAAUACCAGCAUUUGCUAUGAUUUAUAUUGAUAUAAAAGAUGAAAAUGAUAAUUAUCCAUUAAUUACACCAACAUUUAAUGAUGAUAGAAUUUCAGGUGUUGAACAUAUAUUAAACAGUAGUAUAAUUACAAUUCGUGAAAAUCUUUUAAAUGGAACAUUUUUAGGUCAUAUCUCAAUCAGUGAUCUCGAUAGUGAUAACAAUGGUCUAGUAAGUUGGUCACUUGAGAGUAAUGGAUCAAUUUCUAUUAAAGAGUUAUUUAAUAACGAAGCUUUUCUCAUGUUUACUGCACGCAUAUUUGAUCGUGAAGAACAAUCACAAUAUGAUAUUCGUCUUAAAGCACAUGAUCAUGGUAUUCAAUCACUUACAAGUAUAUUAAAUUUUACUUUAAUAAUUUUGGAUGAAAAUGAUAAUGCACCAAUAUUUGAUAAAGAAUUUUAUUCAAUUAAUAUAACAGAAACAAUUUCAAUAGAUACAAUUAUUCUUCAUUUUCAUGCUACAGAUGCCGAUGAAGAAAAUACAUUAAAUAGUAAAAUUGAAUAUCAAUUAAGUAAUGAAACAAUAUUUUCAUUAAACUCAUCUACAGGCGAAUUACGUCUAAUUGGUAAACUUGAUCGAGAAGAACAAUCUAGUUAUGAAUUUGAUAUUAUUGCAUCUGAUCAUGGGCAACCUCAACCUUUAUCAUCGACAGUUCGUUGUAUAAUCAACUUAAUUGACAUAAAUGACAAUUAUCCGAUAUUUGAUUUAUCAGAAUAUGUAUUUGAAAUACCUGAAACAUGGUCUAAUCUUUCACCGAUCGGUCAUGUUCAUGCAACGGAUGCUGAUGAGAACUAUGGUGAAUUAACUUAUAAAUUAGUAUAUAAUGAUAUGACAAUGACAAAUGAAUGGCCAUUUGAAUUGACAACAAAUGGCACAUUAUAUCUAAAGGGUGCAUCUGUUGAUAUUGAUUAUGAACGUUGUUCAAUCUAUCAAUUUUUAAUACUAGCUAUUGAUAAUGAUGAUCUUAAUACAAGUGUACCUGUAACUAUUCAUAUUUUAAAUCGUAAUGAUUUUUGUCCUGAAUUAAUUAAUAAUUCAACAGCUUUAUUUUUUAAUAUUGAUCUUUGGUUUAAUAAUUCAAAUGAAAAUUUUAAUCAAUAUUAUUUAGAAUUAUUCGAUGGUGAUAAUGAUACAUGUACAAUUGAAUUACUUAAUUUUAAUGAUAUAUUUAAAAUUGAAUUCAUUCAACGUAAUCAAUUUAUAUUAUAUGCACAUAUAUUACCUGAACGUGAAUAUUAUAUAUUACAAUUUCGUCUUCGUGAUCUUAUAAAUGAAACUAUUGAUCAAUCAUGUAUUCGAUAUGUUCAAUUAGUUUUAACAAUUGGUACAAAUGAAACAAAUCAAACAGUAGCUAUUGAUACAGCACGUGAAUAUUUAGAAGCACUUUAUUUAAUAUCUCGACGUUCAUAUUCAUAUUUUAAUUUAACAUUACUUAAUGUUAUAUUUGUUAUUAUUUUAUUAUCAAUUGCAAUUAUUAUUAGUUUAAUUUCAAUUAGAGUUAUUUAUCUUUCAUCAAGUUCAUGUCAUCAACGAAAAUUACGAAAAAAUAGAAAUGAUUCGCAUACACUAUAUCGUCUUCAAGGUCCAACUGAAACUCAAUUACCUUUACUUGAUAAUGGACCAGGUGAAAUAUCAUUAACAUCAUCAUUGAAUAUUACGGGAAAUAGCAAAUCAUCUCAAGAUGAAAAUGUCAAUCAUUCGCUUGAAAAUGAUGAACAACAGCAGCAACUUUUAUAUCAAUUAGAUUCAAAGUCUUCAUCAAUAGUAAAAAUAUCAAAUGAAUAUAAAACAUUUACAUUAAAUUCAAAUCAUAAUACAUAUGAUAUUCUGAGUGAUAAUCGUCAUUCAGAUAUUUCUCGAACAUUAUCAUAUCCUCAUGUACGUGAUAGUGGUUAUGAAACAACAUCAUCAAAUAUAGAUCAGCAACGUUUUCUUUUACCCGCAAGUCCAACUAAUGUUAGUUCCUCAACCGAUAAUCAAUUAAUAGCUGUUACGUAUUUUUCAUCAUCAAUACCAACUCAUCAAGAUUUAUCAUUAUCAUCUCCAAAUAGUGUAUCGCGAACCUUGAAAACAUUUGCACAUAUGCCUACGGCGAACAUUACAGGAAAUGAAUCAUCUACAAUGAUGAUGGCUCGGCUUGCUGAACAGGAAAUUAUUGAAGUUUAA